CUCCUCCUCCUCGCUCACAUUCUCUCUUCUCCUCCAUCCGGCAACAUCCUGCUCUCGCCUCCACCUCCAGCAACCAUGUCCAGCACUAUAUCAGCCUACUCCGACAAGAUCAAAGAGAUGUCCAUGCUGUCUCUGAUCUGCUCCUGCUUCUACUCACAACCACACCCCAACAGUCUCUACCAAUAUGGAGACAUGGAGGUGAAGUCCCUGAACAAGCGGGCGUCCGGCCAGGCCUUCGAGGUCAUCCUGAAGGGCCCCGCUGACCUCUCUCCGGACAGGCCCCAGCCCCUGCUUUCUGCUCCCAAGAAGGACCUCUCCCUGGACGAGCUCCAUAAAAGGCUGGAAGCUGCGGAGGAGAGGAGGAAGUCUCAGGAGGCCCUGGUGCUGAAGCAGCUAGCUGAGAAGCGGGAGCAUGAGCGAGAGGUGCUCCACAAGGCCCUGGAGGAGAACAACAACUUCAGCAAGAUGGCCGAAGAGAAGCUUAACCACAAGAUGGAGGUCAACAAAGAGAACCGUGAGGCCCACCUGAAUGCGCUGAAGCAGCGGCUCCGGGAGAAGGAAAUCCAUGCUGCUGAGGUCCGUAAAAACAAGGAACUCCAAGCUGACCUCUCUGGUUGAAAACAUUUUCUACAGUUUUGUCAAGAGAUUCUCGUCUGAUGGGUUUUGGUUGGAGGAAAUGCUUCUUUUAAGAAUCUCAAUGUCUCAAAGGCUCUUGCAUUGUUCACUGGUUUCACAAGCUAAUAAUUCAAGAACAUUUUACACAGAUUGUUUCUCAUCUCUCAGUGUAUUUUUUUGAAAACCACAAACAUUUUGAAAUGCGAAGGCACAUUAGGUCAAGGGCCAGAUUGACUAAACAUUUGUACUUGCUUUAAGACUGCACCUGUGAGUUCAAACAAAGGAACAACAUGAAAACAAUUGAAAAGUUAUUUAUUUUACCUUUUGUUUUAAAUAAUGAUGUUUGGUUCUGUCCAGAAAAAUUACCAGUUCAAUUUUGCAGUAGUGCAAAUGCUUGGAAAAUCUUUCUCUCUGUGUGUGUCAGACCUAAAAAGCUACUGUAAAUGGGUGGCGUAUGGUGAAAUAUUUGAUUGUUUUGGUGCAUGGGGCAGGUGAGAAGAGGUGGUGUGUGUGUGUGUGUACAUCUUUACCGUUUGUUUCUGUGUAGGGGAUGUUGGGGAUUUUGUACUGAUACUAGUUUUAGGCGUGUUCAUGCACACCUUUUCAGAAGGGUGGGUGCACGCCUACGUCAGAGAGAAAGGCUGUGAGUCAUCAGAAUGAUGAAUUGCCCUUAUUGAUACAAAACAUAGUUCAAUAUGUAAUGUUCAAUUCUCAUAGGAAGUCAUGUCUAUGCUGCAUCUGUACUGUGAGUGAACUGUUCCACAUAUUUCCAAACUGUCUUUAUUUUGAAAAAGUAGCUUGAGGUCGUAACACAAUCCCUAUAUCUAUUGCAUAAGGUACUUUAUGACAUGGAAGCAGAGCCACGCUAAAUGGAUUCAAGAGUUGCCCUGUGCUAGAGGCUUGCUCAGACCUCGUGUAAACGGGAUAAUAUACGAUAUUCAGCUAAAUCUAUAGGCAAACACCAUAACCUGGCCAUUCAUCAUGUAUAGUGGCACCCAUUGUCAAUUUGUGCAGCUGUCUUCAAUCAAACAUGUAAAGUUACUCACUUGAGUGUUUAAAAAUUAGGCCUCAGUUCAAUACAGUUCAGUAUUCACUUUGCCGUAGGUCAGUAAAUUAAUAAGGUUAUGACACAUACGUUUGAGUUGCUUGAAGAGUGGCUUCCGUUCUCGCUUCAGUUUCGUUUCCUAGCUACUGAAAUCUCCCACACAGUCUGUUUAUUUCCGAGAGUCACUCACUUGUGACUGUUGAGUAAGUGUCACUGUAGGGGACUACAUUGAGUAACAAGAUGACUCCACUACAGAAUGCCAUAGUUUGUUUGCAGUGAGAUACAGAGUCAAUGUGACAGAAUUAGUUUUAUGCAAAUCAUAUGCAAAUAAAAAGGAUUAUGAUGUGAACUUUGGCAUGUGAUGUGGAGGUAUCAAAUGCUGACAUAGCCUGAAUGUAUUACCAGACUCACAUAGCCUGAAUGUAUUACCUUCUAGCAGCAUAUAGGCCUGGGUUACUCGUGCAAGGUUUCCCUAUACAGUAUUAAUGGGGAUAAUGCUGCUCAGCUUCAGUGGGGUUGCGCUAGGACACAAUCCCGUCAUGCUGGUGCUUGACUUGGUUGGUUGUCACCUUGCCUUAAGUAACCUUGACAUCGUGCCAACUACUGUUUUAUUUAUCUUUGUCUAAGAUGGGUCCACCAGUCCAUUAUGCUUACACAACACACACACACACACACACACACACACACACACACACACACAGUCUCAGCACAUACAACAACUCUGUGUGAAUAACUCAACAAUAGCUCAUCUUUGAUACAAGGUCAGCUGUUGUUGCUUGCAUAUAAAGUCUGAUAAACUAUAAUAAAGUUGGUGAUACCUUAUUUUUUCAUUUCUAUUUGUGACACUUAAUAAUUUACAUAUUUAUCAUUUACAAUUGUAGUAAAAUAUGUCACAUGAGAGCUGAUAUCAUAGCUUUCACACAUCUUUGAAAAAUCUAACCUGGUAAAUAUUAAAAAUAAUGCUUCAGAAUUAAUUUCACUGGAUUAAUAAACCCUUCAUGGCAAAUUCAAA